AUGACAACCACUAUCUUUCUAUUAUCUUUUUGUUCAUGUGCCCUUCUCUUGGCCCAAUUGUUUAGCCAGAGUGUAGAUGCAUGGCAACGACAAGGAUCUUCUAGGCAGUGUAAUUUUGAUAGGCUACAAGCAUUCGAACCCCUAAGAAGGGUACGAUCAGAAGCUGAAACUACAUAGUACUUUGAUGAGACAAGUGAGCAGUUUCGAUGUGCUGGUGUGUUUAUCAUUCGGCGCGUGGUGGAGCCACAAGGUCUUGUGGUGCCUCGCUACUCCAGCACUCUAGUUGUAGCCUAUGUAAUCCAAGGGAAUGGUUACGUAGGAUUGACAUUUCCUGGUCAUCUGGCAACCCACCAACAACAAUUCCAACUAUUUGAGCAAAGACAAAGCUAUCAAGGUCAGAAGUUUAUAGAUGAGCACCAAAAGAUUCACCAAUUUAGACAAGGGGAUGUCGUUUUACUUCCAGCUGGUGUUGCAUAUUGGUUCUACAAUGCUCGUGAUACACCUAUUGUUGUUCUCUAUGUUCAUGACAUAAAAAGUUAUGCCAAUCAGCUUGAACCAAGGCAUAAGGAGUUUUUGUUAUCUGGCAACAACCAAAGGGGGCAACAGAUAUUUGAACGAUCAAUCUCGCAAGACUCUGGACAUAAUAUAUUCAAUGGAUUCAAUAGUGAGUUGCUUAGCGAGGCUUUAGGAAUAAGCACCGAGACUGCUAGAAGGCUCCAAAAUCAGAAUGACCAGAGGGGAGAAAUCAUUCGAGUGAAGCAUGGCCUCAAACUAUUGAAACCCACUUUAUCACAGCAACAAGAACAAGAGCAAUACCAACAGGUCCAAUAUCACGAAGGGGCACGAUACAAUGGAUUGGACGAGAAUUUUUGCACAAUAAAAGCAAGGGCAAACAUUGAAAACCCUAACCAUGCUGACUAAAGGAUAACCCGUCUCGACAACAAAAAGUUCCCUAUUCUGAACCUGGCUGGAAUGAGUGCUGCAAGAGUAAACUUAUAUCAGUUGUUGCAUCUCUCGCCCUUUUGGAACAUCCACGGCCAUAGCGUAGUGUACAUGAUCCAAGGGAGCGCACGGGUGCAGGUGGCCAACAACCAAGGAAGAGCAGUGUUCAAUGGCGUUCUUCGUCGGGGGCAACUACUGAUCAUACCACAACACCACGUCGUCGUCAAGAAAGCCGAGCAAAAUGGGUGCCAGUACGUUGCGAUCAACACGAGCCCAGGGGGUUCCACGGCGAGCCGCGUCGCCGGAAAGAGCUCCGUGCUGCGUGGCUUGCCGGUUGACGUCGUCGCCGGUGCUUACCGUGUCUCGAGAGGCGAAGCCCGGCGGCUCAAGAGCAGCAUGGCGGACGAGAUCGGCGCUCUCGUUCCCCGUCGUUCUCCGCGGAAGAGCCGACGGGGUUACCAGUUCCUCGCUGAAAGCCUCUCUUUAAUUGGUAUGUAA